AUGAGUGCGCAGAACGUGAACAGCCUGAGCGCGUUUGUUCGAUCAGUGGGACGUUUCGCACAGUUUGCUAAUCCAAGUCUAAAGCUCAGGAGGGUGAUACUGGGAAGCAACGAGGAAGAAGAAGUCAUCGAAGAACAUCGUCAUGUUCCUGAAGAUGAUGGCCCUACAGAAAACAACAACGACAACAACAACACCGCACCUCCGCCAUCUCACCAUGACGGAACCUCCCCUCUGCUGGAAUCCGGAAGGAAGAGCUCAGAUUCUCACUCCCACUACCACACCGACUCAUCAGACGUGAUGGACGGAGCCAGUGCUGCGCGAGAAGAAUUUGCUCCUUUACGUUCAAGACUUGACACCGUAGCCUUGGACCGUGUGGAAUUCAUGCAACGCCAACGCGAAGAAAACAGAGCCCAGCUCAACGAUUCCGAACGCCAACCUCUCCUGAUUGCCAAAGUCCAGCGCGACGACGGAACUGUCGCGAAAGUCAUCAUCGGGCAAUCGACUCUCCCUCAGACGAUUUUCAAUUCGGCAAUGUGCUCAUAG